UAUCAUAUAAUUUGAAUUUUUACUAUCACGAAAUUUAUACUUUAUAUACAUAAAAAAAUGCUUCUAAAAGCAAGUGGAAAGGAUAAACAAAAUUAUCCUUCAAUCGGCUCAUACUCUAAUAAUAUCGACGAUUAUGAAUUAGUAGGAGAAAUUGGACGAGGCGCCACUGCAAUUGUGUAUAUAGCAAGAUAUAAACCGUUUAAUUCUACUGUUGCCGUUAAAAUCGUUAAUUUAGAAGGUUAUGAAAAUAAUAUUAAAGAAGUUCAGAACGAAAUUGCGGUUAUGAUUCGCUGCUCGCAUCCAAACGUCGUUCAGUAUUAUUCUUCUUUUUUGGAUGAUAUGGAGUUGUGGUUAGUCAUGAGAUUAUUAGAUGGAGGCUCUGUACUAGACAUUAUGAACUUUUCGGAAAGAAAUGGUAUUGAAGAAGUCGCAAUGGCAACCAUCCUUAAAGAGGUUUUAAAGGCUUUGAGCUAUUUUCAUGCUAACGGACACAUUCACAGAGAUGUCAAAGCCGGAAAUAUACUCAUCGACACUGACGGUACCGUACAGCUCGCGGAUUUUGGUGUCAGCUCGUGCCUUUCGCUUCCGAACGAGACUAGAAAAACUUUUGCAGGGACACCCUGCUGGAUGGCUCCCGAAGUAAUAGAGCAGACUACAGGAUACAACCACAAGGCAGACAUAUGGAGUUUCGGCAUCACCGCCAUUGAACUCGCCACUGGCCGGGCGCCUUACUCCCAUUUGCCUGCCGCCAAGGUGAUGAUUGCGGUUCUGAACAACCCGUCGCCCACAUUGGAGGUCAAAGGCUCUUCGGGCUAUUCGAAAUCCUUUAAAAAGAUGAUAGACGAGUGUCUUCGGAAGGAUCCUACAAAGAGACCCACAGCUGAUGAGCUUCUAAAGCACGACUUUUUUAAAAAAGCUAAAGGUCCGGACUACAUAGUACAGAGCCUGAUAUCCAAACUUCCUCCAUUGUCCGAGCGGCGGAAGAGUAAAGGUCUUUCGGCAAUUGGAAGAAACGGUGUAAGCAAAACCAUUAGCGAAGAAGAGGCUGGGUGGGACUACGACACUUCCACGCUGGUCGCCUCCGCUCCUCCGCGGUCGGGCACGUUAAAUCUGAAACUUCGCACCAGAAGCAAAUCGGGCGUUCUUAAUGAUAUCCGCUUUCCUUUCAAACUUGAAAGUGACACACCGAAAGCUGUGGCAGCUGAACUUGUAGAGCACGGCCUCGUGGCUGAGGAAGACGAGGCUGCGGUGUGCUCGUCGUUGCAGUUUUUUAUUAAGCACCCCCAUCCAAUGGUGUUUGAGGUCAAGAAAAGUAAUGAAGCAGUGGCGGAUAAGAAGGCGUUGAUUGGUUUUGCUGCGCUUUCAAUCGACCAUUGUUCACUCGUGGAAAAAGAUUUACUCUUAAUCCUUUUUGCAUUAUCGUAAAUGCAAGCUCGUUGUUAUCCCUCCAUCGUGAUCUCUAAUUUAAUAUGGCUUGCAAUUUUUAUAGCCUAUUACUUGGAAAAUUUUUGUGUAGUUAUAACAGAGGGCUACGCAAAUUUUUAACAUGCGUGCCAUUGCCCUCUUGAAGGAAUUUAAUUUAUUCGCGAUAGGUAACUUCAGGUUAUAACUUCUUCCUGCGAAUUAAAAAAUCUAUGACAAUUGUUUAAGAGACGUCUUAAAUGAUUUAGAGGUUAGCAAGGUUAAAGGUGAUGGCAAUAGCUUGAAUGAGGCUGACAUAUCCAUAUUCAGGAAAGUUUUUUUUAAUAUUGUUAAAGAACGAAUAAAUCCCAAAAUUUAUAGUGCUACUUUUUAAAUAACUGGCAAAAAGUUACUUGAGUUUCAAUAACUGAAUUGUUUGAAGCCAAAGAUUCGAUAUUAAUAUGAAGUAGUUAUUAUUUAAGCCACCAGCCGCGGUCACGAGAGACAAUUGGGCGCGUUUUUCAUUUGUUCAUGACGGAGAAAUAGAGGAAGUGCGAAUUAAAUUAAAAUUCAAAAUUAACUCGUCAUAUAAAAUAAAACACAAUUAAUAUUCCUAAAUUUAGAUAACCCACGGCAGGCGAAACCUUUAACUCAGAACGUAUAACCUACCUGGAGGAAGUGUAAAAAAAGUAAUCUAAAAUGUGUGAAAGAAAUUAAACGUUCGACGCCACGAGCGGUCGAAGCGCUGGACAAAGUCACAUCGGAUGACCUGCCCGUCCUGCUCUAUGUGAGUGAAGGCAAGAUUAUAGCAAGGCCCAGGUCUUGCAAAUUCUUAGAGUGGACAAUUUUACAGCUACAGUUAAAGCGUCAAAAUACAAAAUCCGUCCCGUUUGACUGAGCGGCAUCUUCUCCUCAUGCCGCCGUAAAGACCUCGUGUCAAUAUCGUGUAUCGCUCUGUUCGUAAAUGGGACCAUUUAAUAAAUCUGAUUCGUCAAAGCCGGAGGAUGAGAUGCUUUGGCCGCUGCUUCGCUAAGUUUUAACGACAAACUGAUAUCAUUUCCUCUUGUAGAUAUAUCAGGGAAGG